CCGUUGGUCCACCUCUAAGGGCCCUAAUCAGUCGACGCAUUGGACCUGUUUUCACGCCCCUGACAAGGGCUCUCAUCGGUCCGCGGUUAGGGCCUGUUGUAGGACCACCUGUGGGGGCUAUGGUCGGCUCGCAGGUAGGACCAGUUGUGCGCCCACUGGUGGGAGCUGCAUUCAGCCCACGUUUACGGCCUCUAGUAGGACUACCUUUGAGGCCUGUUGUGCUCCCACCUUUUGGGGCUAUAUCUGUCCCCCGACUACAACCUGUUGUGGGCCCAGCGAUGGGAGCCAUUAUCAGCCCGCGGUUUGGACCGGCUGUAGGACAACCUCUGCGGGCUGUGGUGCGACCACGCUUACAGCCUAUUCUACGACCACCUGUGGGGCGUGUUGGCGGACCACCGAUGGGGGCUAUUACCGGUCCGCGAAUAGGACCUGCUGCGGGCCCAUUAUUGGCACCUGUGAUCUACCCACGGUUAGGCCCUCUUGUAGGACCACUUGCCAGUCCUAUGGUUGGACCACGGUUACGUCCUCUUGUAGGACCACCUAUAGGGCCAGUUGUGGGCCAACCAAUGGGAGCCAUUAUCAGGCCACGGUUUGCACCUAGCAUUCGACCAUCGCUGAGAACUAUAGUUAGACCACGGUUACGACCUUAUGUGCGAGCACCGGUGGGGCCUCUUAUCCCACCACUGAGAGCAAUCACUGGUCCUCGAAUAGGACCUGUUGUGGGCCUACCAAUGGGAGCCCUGAUCAGCCCACGGUUAGGGCCUGUUGUAAGGUCACCUGUGGGUCCUAUGGUUGGGCCACGUUUACACACUUUUGCUGGACCACCGGUGGGUCCCGUUGUGGGCCUACCAAAUGGAGCCAUCAUUAACCCUCGUUUUGGACCAGCUAUUGGGCCUCCACUAAAGCCUGUCAUAAGGCCUAUCAUUCGGCCCCAGUUACGACCUCUUGUACCGGCUAUGGGACCUCUUAGUACACCAGUGGGCGCCAUCAUCGGUCCUCGAAUAAGACCUGUUGUGGGCCCAGCAAUGACAGCCAUGAUCAGCCCACGGUUUAGACCUACCCUAGGACCUCCUCUAAGGCCCAUGAUAGGCCCACAGUUACGCCCUCUUGUAGGUCCCAUUGGGGGACUACCACAGGGAGCUAUGAUCAGCCCACAGUUCGGGCCUAGAAUAGGGCUUCCUCUAAGGCCUAUUGUAGGUCCACGGUUACAGCCUCUUGUAGGACCCAUUGGAGGCCCAUCAAUGGGAGCCAUAAUCAGCCCACAGUUCGGGACUGUCAUAGGGCGUCCUCCAAGGCCUGUGGUAGGUCCGCAGUUAAGGCCUCCUAUAGGAUCACUUGCGGGGCCCAUGAGGGGCCCACAAAUGGGAGCCAUUAUCCGCCCCCGUCACGGGCCUGCCAUAGGGCCUCCUCUAACGCCUAUUAUAGGGCCGAGGUUACGCCCUCUUGUAAGACCACUUGUGGGACCCAUCAGGGGCCCACAAAUGGGAGCCAUUAUCCGCCCCCGUCACGGGCCUACCCUAGGGCCUCCUCUAAGGCCUAUUAUAGGGGCGAGGUUACGCCCUCUUGUAGGACCACUUGUGGGACCCAUCAGUGGCCCACAAAUGGGAGCCAUUAUCCGCCCCCGUCACGGGCCUACCAUAGGGCCUCCUCUAAGGCCAAUUAUAGGGCCGAGGUUACGCCCUCUUGUAGGACCACUUGUGGGAGCCGUCAGGGGCCCACCAAUGGGAGCCAUUAUGAACCCACGUUUUGGGCCUCCUACCAGGUCUAUAGUAGGUCCAUGGUUACGCCCUCUUGUAGGAACCACCAGGGGCCCACCAAUGGGACCUAUGAUCAGCCCACGGUUCGGGCUUGGCAUAAGGCUUCCUCUAAGGCCUAUGAUAGGUCGACCGUUACGUCCUAUUGUUAGACUACCUGGGCGCCCACCAAUAGGAGCCAUUAUGAGCCCACGGUUCGGGCCUGCCGUCGGGCCUUCUUUAAGACCUAUAGUAGUUCCACAGUUACGCACUGUUUUAAGGCCCAUUGGGGGCCCACCAAUGGGAGCUAUAAUCAGGUCCCAGUUUGUGCCUUCUGUACGGCCUCCUCUAAGGCCUAUGGUACGUCCACGGUUACACCCUCUUGUAGGACCACUUGUGGGGCCCGUCAGGGGCCUACCAAUGCGAGCGAUUAUCAGCCCACGUUUUGGGCCAACCAUAGGGCCCCCAGUAAGGUCUAUGGUAGGUCCCCCAUUACGCCCUUUUGUACGACCACUUGUGAGCCCACCAAUGGGAGCCAUUACCAGCCCACGGAUUGAGCCUGUUGUGGGGCCCCUAAGGCCUGUGGUAGGUCCACGGUUACGCCCUCAUGUAGGACCCCUUGUUGGGGCUGUUGUUCACCCACCGGUAGGUACUAUUCAUGGCCCACAAAUACGGCCUCUUCUGCGAUCACCAGUGGGGCCUCUUGUCAGCCCGCCAUUACGCCUUCGCAUUGGGCCUCCUCUGGGACCUGUUUUCCACCCACCGAUGGGGCCUAUUAUCAGACCACGGUCACGCUCUCUUAUAGGACCACCUGCAGAGCCGGUUGUCUACCCACAGGUGGCGGCUGUUGCCGGCCCUAGAUUACGCCCUAUUAUAGGACCCCAUGUAGGGCCUGUUGUACGCCCAUCUGUAGGCGCUAUUAUUGGCCCGCGGUUGCGUCCAUUUGUAAAACCAGCGGGGCCUAUUCGCGCACCAAUAGUGCCUUCAAUCGGCUCAAGCUCACCUGUGGGGGCUAUGGCAGGUCCGGCAAUCGGACUUGUACGCUCACCAGUGGGAGUUGCUGUCGGCCCACGCUUACACCCUGUUGUUGGCCCAGGAGUAAGUCGUAUUGUCGGACCACCGGUUGGAGCUUUAGUUGGCCCAAGUGUACGUCCUGUUGUAGGCCCACGGAUAGGUCCUAUUGUUGGCCCACCUAUAAGGGCCGUAGUCGGCCCACCGGUAGGGGCUGCACUUGGUACACGGAUAGGUCCUAUAGUUGGCCCACCAGUAAGGGCUGUAACUGGCCCACGGCUACGUCCUAUUGUCGGUCCACCGGCAGGGGCUUUCAAUGUGCCACGUUUAGGUCCGAUUGUUGGCCCACGUGUUAACUAUAUGGUUGGCCCACGGAUUGGCCAUCUUGGCGGUUGACGUCUAGGGCCUGCUCUAAACCCACCAGUGGGCGCUGUAGACUGCCCCCGGGUAGGUCAUACUCAUAGCCGACCGGUAGACAUAGGACUACGAUUAAGUUCUAUAGGCGGCCCAUCGGUUGCACCUGUACUAAGCGCACCGAUAGGACCAAUUGUAGGUGGACUGGUGAUACCCGGAGGACGCAUCCUCGACUCGCUCGUUGUCCCUUGGUCUGGAUAAAGGCAUAGUACUCUUAAUUUA